UUCAUUUUUUUUCUAAAACAGUUUUAGAGAUAUCUGCUAAAAUGUCGGACGAAGAGUCACCGUCGGUUGAAGAUCUGACCAAAUUACGAGUUGUCGAUCUAAAGAAGGAGUUGGGUAGAUUAGGGCUAGCUCAAGGUGGAGUGAAGGCCGAUCUGGUUCAGCGUAUAUUCCAGCAUUAUCAGGAAAAAGUUGCUCAAACAGAGGAAACUCCAGAUCAGUCUGAGGAACCUACUCCGGAACAAUCCAAGGAACCAUCCUUGGAACCUUCCCCGGAACAAUCCAAGGAACCAUCCUUGGAACCAACUAAAGAAUCUACUAGAGACCCUACACCGGAACCUGCCAAAGUUCCUUCACCAGAACCAGUAAAAGAACCAUCACCGGAGCCGAUGCGAGACCUAACACCUGAACCAGUAAGGGAACCAAUCCCGGAACCCCCUAGAGAACCAACUAAGGAACCUACUCCCGAACCUGCAAGGGAACCUACACCGGAACCAGCAAGGGAACCAACUCCGGAACCAGCAAGGGAACCAACCCCGGAACCGGUCAAGGAACCAACCCCUGAACCUGCCAAGGAACCUUCUCCCGAACCCAUGGAGGAAGAAACCCCCUGUCCAAAACUGUCCCUGCAGUUUGGUCCCCCUAAAGUGCAUCCUGCUGUGGUUGCACCUGCAGUGCCCGCCCCAACUAGCUCUGCCCCUGAACUACAUGACGAGGAAGCUCCAAGAUUUCAGCGGGAGCAGACACCAGAACCUCAGGAAGAAGAGGAUAAUGAGUAUGGAGGUGGAAAACAAGAAUACGAGGGACAAGAUCAAGAAUACGGCGGACAAGAUCAAAAUUUGGGAAAACAAACAGACGAUGGCAAUAUGGAAAAAGACGAACAAGAAAAUGGUGACGAUGAUUCUGGUAAAGAGAAUAAAAAGGGAAAAAAACAGAAGAAUAAGAAGAAGAAAAAGAAGAAGAAUAGACCGGAACAGUGGGCCAUGGAAGCUAUUUUAGCACAAAGGCAAAGGAUGGAAGAGGAGCGUAAGAAAACUGAAACUGAAGUAGAAGUUGAAUAUAUUCAGGAUGAACUGGACCUGGACCCCUCUGACCCGAUGUAUCGAACAUUUAACAAAAUAUUUCAAGCUUUCAAGAUUGUCGAGGAUCCACUUGAGAAAAUAAAGGAGAAGGAGGAGGAAGAGCGGAAGCAUGCGGAGGAGUACAAGAAGGUUCCCAAGAUGCUGGAGGAGGAUGAUAUGUUGGAGGAGGAGGAGAAGGACGGAGAGGAUAAAGUCAGCAAAAGAAAACUUAAAAAACUCUCAAGAUUAAGUGUAGCUGAACUGAAGCAGCUAGUAUCCCGACCUGAUGUUGUUGAGAUGCAUGAUGUAACUGCCCGGGAUCCUCGUCUUCUUGUCCAUCUCAAAUCCACCAGGAACACUGUUCCAGUUCCGAGGCAUUGGUGUUUCAAGAGAAAAUAUUUGCAGGGUAAGAGAGGUAUUGAGAAACCUCCCUUCGAUCUGCCAGACUUCAUCAAGAAAACUGGAAUUAUGGAGAUGCGGGAAGCACUCCAGGAGAAAGAAGACGCCAAGGGGAUGAAGUCUAAACAGAGGGAGAAGGUCCGACCUAAGCUGGGGAAGAUUGAUAUCGAUUAUCAGAAGCUUCACGACGCUUUCUUCAAGUGGCAGACUAAGCCAAGGAUGACAAUGCACGGAGAUCUGUACUACGAGGGGAAAGAGUUUGAAAUCAGAUUAAAAGAGAAGAAACCUGGUGAUUUGACGGAUGAUCUGAGGACAGCUCUUGGAAUGCCUGUUGGUCCUAAUGCACACAAGGUUCCAGCUCCGUGGUUGAUUGCAAUGCAGAGAUAUGGACCUCCUCCCUCCUACCCUAACCUCAAGAUUGCGGGACUAAACGCUCCAAUCCCAGACGGGUGCUCCUUUGGAUAUCAUGCAGGUUUGUCUCAUACCCGUCUUAACGGGGUUGUAAUCGUAAUUUCUGGUGACCAAUCUAAACUGCAGAAAAUGGUUCAGAUGAGCUGGACCUUUGUGAAUGAUUCUUUAUGCACAACGCUAUGCUUACAGAUAGUAGAUGAGGCCGGUAAACCUCUGUAUGGAGAUGUGUUCGGUACCAGUGAUAGUAGAAACUUUCCGACAACACCUGCAGAGGAUAUUGAUCAGACCUUGUGGGGUGAAAUGGAAAGUGAGAGUGAGGAGGAGAGUGACAGUGAUGAGGAGGAUGAGGAGGAAGAGGAGGAGGGAGUAGAUUCAGGACUCCAGACUCCAGUAGUUGAACCUGGUCUUGCUACUCCUAGUGGAACUACCAGUGUUGGAGGUGCUGGUCUGGAAACACCGGAUAUGAUUGAGUUGAGAAAACGGCGGAUUGAGGCGGAUAUGGAAGGCGGAGAUACGCCUAGUCUACCCUACACCAUUAUACCUGAGAGGAAGAACGAACGAAUUGGUGCAAGUAUGAUGGGCAGCACCCACACCUACGAGAUCGGUAAGGGCCGAGCCCCCGUCAAGGGUAAAGAGGCUGCUGUAGAGAUGGCCUUGAACCCGGAGGAUCUUGAUCUAAUGGACAGUGAAACUAUGGCGCUCAAGGCAGAGGCUGCUCUCAGGGAGCAGCAGGCUAGUUUGGCCAAGGAGGACUUGUCAGACAUGGUAGCCGAGCACGCAGCGAAGCAGAAGAACAAGAGGAAGAGACAGGAGACGAGAGAAGACAAGGAUAAGGCCAAGAAGUACAAGGAGUUCAAGUUUUAGUCGUGUCAAUACAAAAUCAAGAACUUGCGGAUUUUUUGUUAAUUUGAUUUUGAGAUUUUGUUCUAAAUGUUAUUACGCAUUUCUCCCUCUCUCACACCUCACUGUUAUAUUGAAUUAACCAUUUCAGAA